AUAAUUAAUGAUUAUGAGUAAUACAUAUUUGAUAAUAAUUUUUGCAUUCUUUCUCUUUUCUUGUUUAAUUUUAUAUUAUCAAAAGAAAUUAAAAAAUCACAUUAGGAAUAUAAAUAAAAGAUAUAUUUUUUUCUUAUAUUUUAUAUUUUGAAUUUUUUAAGAUGACUAUAAAUUACUAAAAAUAGUAAAAUUCUCACCUUAAAAAAUUUGUGAUCAAUUGUUUAAUUUUUUUCGUUCAAGCAAUAUAAAAAUAAUCAUAAAUCAUAUAAAAACAAAGUCUCAUAUUAUAUAUAUAUAUAUAUCAUUUAAAUUAAAUUAUAUACUAUAUAAAAAUAUAAAAUAUGUUAAUUUUAAAUUUUGCAUUGAAAAAAUGUUGAGCUAUUAACAUUUUAAUUUUUAAAUUUGUAUUGAAAAAUCUCACAUUAAAAGUUUUAUGAUUAAUAGUUUAAAUUUUUGUUUAAAAAAAUAUACAAACGUUAAUAAAGUCAUAUGAGUAGAAAAUAUCAAUAAUAAAUAUUUAUAUUAAAAUAUACUACAGUGAAACUUCUAUAAAUUAAUAAUGAUGGAACUACACCAAAAGUAUAAUUUUUUAGUAAUUUGUAGAGAUAUUAAUUUAUCGAUAUACUAAUUGAACCAAAAACUCAAUUUAAGACUAUAAAAUUAUAUUAUUUUAUAGAGAAUUUUAGUAUAUAUUAAUUUAUAGAGUAUUAAUUUAAAGAGGUUAUACUGUAUAUGUAUAUCUAUGUCAAUAUCACUAAAGUUUAACUAUAUACCAUAUAAAAUAAAGAAAAUGACAUUUUUUUAUUUAUUUACUAAAAAUAUGAUUGUAAAUAAACAAAAGGUGUUGGUUUGUAAUAUGUUAUUUGAUCCUAACAAUUCCAUAAAUACACUUCUUCAAAUCGAAUUGAUUUUUAAUAUUGGAAGCACUAUAUACAUUAUUUCAUUCAGAUUGAAUAAUUAUAUCUUGAUUUUUUUUUCUACAAAACUUUUAAUGAAAUAUCAUGACAAGAUUUCAAUCACCUUAUUGUCUUCGAAGAAUGAUAGAUUUGAUCAUUCGUCUAAUGUUUGUUUCUCCUUAAUAUCCUAUAUAACUAUCCCCUAUACAUUAUUUACCAAGUGAUUUUGACACAUGUUAUAAUCAUAUUAAUUUUAAAAGUAAAAUGAUGACAUGGCAAACUAAUAAAGAGGACAUAACUUGGACUAAUUAUGACAUGGAUAUUUAUAUUUAAUGUUGUUUUAUAAUUUCUGUAAGCUUUUAGAAUAAUGUAAUAACUUAUAAAUUAUCAUUAAUAUAACAAUAAAUAUUAAAUUUAGAAAUAUAGUAAUAUAUAAUAAUUUUAGAAAAUAUUAUUUAAAUAAUUUUUUAAUUUUUAUUACUAAAACAUAUCUUAAAAAUUUAUGCAUUUCGAAAAACAAAAUUUCUAAUUAUAUAUUAUUAUUUCUUUUUAAUAUUUACAAAUUUUAGAAAUAUUAUUUAAUUUUAUGUUUUGUUAAUUAUACAUAACAAAACUUUCCCUUAAUGUUUUAGAAUUUAAUUUAAUAUAUAUUAACAAAAUAAAUAAAUAAAAAUAUUUCAAUAUAUAUAUAUAUAUUAUUAAAUAUAAAUGUAAAUAAAAAUAUUUAUUUUAUCUUAAUUUUUAUAUAAAAUAAGAUAUUGUAUGCAAAUAUAAAACUAAAAAAAUUAACAAAAUUUGUUUAUAAAUAUAAUUUUAAAUUUUUAUUUCUGCAUAUGGUGCAGGGAAACACCUAUUAAUAAUUGUAAAAAAUGAGAGAUUUGAACUAUUUAUUAUAAGUUUUCUGGUUUACCAUUUAAUAAAUCAAACAGUUUUUUGUUUAUACAUAAUUUACAUAUACUAGAAAGGUAAAGUAUAUCGUGUUUCAAAAAAAAAAAAAAGAUAAAGUAUUAUAUUAUAUUUUAUCGGUAUAUUAUUAACUAACUAAACCUCAAAAGCAUAGGUUAAUAAAAUAAGUAAUUUGUUUUGUUGUUCUAGAAUUAGAUGAUUUUUAGAUCGAACUGGUAAAUAUAUACUAGACAUACAUUUAUAUUUCGAGUCUGCACUUAUAAUCUAUAACACCUUGGUAUAUUAGAUUUGAACACUAACAUGUGAAUAGAGUUUGUCGGUGAUUUUCUUCCAAAUUUUGAUUCUUAGAUAUGUAUCUCGAGUGGAACUAAUUUUUAAAGAUGUCUAUCUUUUUAAAUUGACACAUAUGUAAUUCAUUGAAUUCAAAAAAGAAGUUAAAUAAAAAAACAAAACUUAUAUUAGUGAAACAAAAACGAGAACAAAAACAUAAUUUCAUAGAGGUAAAAAGUGAAAUCACUUAUGGAGAGUCAAUAGUAAACAAAUCGAGAGCAGGAAACCUAGUCCACCUUCAUCAUUUUACUAUUGAUGUUGCCUAUGUAAUUUUGGUGAUUUGUGUUAGUUGUAAAACUUAAAUUUUUUUAUGAAAUCUUUGAAAUAAUUUAAGUGAGUUGUAAUAUUUUAACUCUUUAACAACGAUGAUACAUUUAAGAGAUUAACAUUUGUAUUCAUCUUCUUACAAUCGAUAAAUAUUGUAGUGUUGCAAAAUGUUAAAAUGAUAUAGUUUACUAUUAUCUAAGUUCAAAUACAUGUUUUUACCUAAACCAAACUUUGAUAUACUCCAUCCAAGGAUAUCUGAUUGAUCUUCCUUAAAAUCGGUUUUAACUUAAAUUAGUCAAAUAGGUCUAACUUAAAAGUUAAAACUAAUCUAAUGUUUUUUGUUUGACAGAUUAUAUAUAACGAAAUUCCUCAAAACAAUGGAUAAUGAUAAUGCCGGAAUACAGAGUUAGAACAUGAAAUUGUCAUGGAGAAUAGAAAUGAUGUUGAGAUGCCACUUUUGGUAUCACACUAUCACAUAACGAAGCAUUCAUUUCAUUCAGUCCUAAUUAAAAUUGAAAAGGGAAAUAUGUAAUUAUCAAGUUGCCACGCCUGAUAUUUGGUUCUUUUUUUGUUAAGUUUGUAAUUUCCCGGUCAAUAAAUUAUUAACCGACGAUCUAUGUUAUUUCUCGGUAAACUUCAACAUUGAUCCUCGGUUAAGCAAGCAAGGCAAACAUGCGUUACACAAUCCCAUGUUAAGCAAGCAAAGCAGACAUGCGUCACAUACAGUGGCGGAGCCACCUUAGAAGCAUGGUGGUCAAAUGACCCAUGUGAAAUUAAUAAAUAUAAACUUGUAAGGCUAUUUUACAUGUUGCUAUUGUGGUAAUUUGGUCAAGAUCUCUCCUAUUGACCCACAUGUUCCUAGGUUCAAACCACAUAGAUGUAUAUUUUUGUCUCUAAUAAAUGAGUUAUGACCCAUAUAAACGUGAGAUCUAGCUCCGCCACUGGUCACAUAAUUGUGCACUUAAGGCUGCUUGAUAUAUAUUGCUGUAACUUUUAUAUAUAAAUUAAAUGUUUAUAAAAGAUAACAUGUUAUUUAAUAUGUUAUACAACUCAUACAUCCCACUUUUUCUUCAAUUUAUGUCAAUUUAUUGACAUAUAAAUCUGCCAUCUUCUACAAUUAUUAUAUGUACAAAAAGAAAAACUAUAUGACAAGAUGGUGUUCUGGAGUAUAAUAAUUGGAAGUAAAACGUAACUAAAAAUAUGGUUUAAACAAUAAUAACCAUCCUGUUCAGAUCCGCUUAAUAGGAAAAUUAAAAUAAAUAAUUUACCAAUGUAGUUGCAAUGAUAUUUUUUUGCGAGUAUAGCUCCAUAGAUUUACUGGAUGGAUAAUUUGACUUUAAGCAUAAUCUUACUUGAUUUCUUAACAAGAGUAUAUGUAGUAUUUGACGACAAAAUAAUUUAUACUUAAUUCGUACAAUUUAGUAUACUAGUAAUAUAGCGCAUGGUUAAUGUGUAAUGCUGCAGUGAUCAUGGUUGUCAUUGGUACGCCGUGGACAAAUUAUAAGAGUGUUUAAUCCUGUUAGAGAAUUUACUUGAAAUGUUUAACUUACAAGAUACAUUUAAUCAAAAAUACUUUAACAAUUAGGUUUAAGAUUUAGUGAUUUUUUUUAUCUAUAGAAUAUUUAGGUUUAAGGUUUAAAGUUUAGUGAUUGUUUUCCAAGUUACAUUCAAAUAUCAAGACAAACAAGAAAUUGAAACCAUGAAAGAAUAAGAAUGAAGGCUUGUAAUCUAGGAGAAAAACUAAAAAAACCAUUUUCAAUGGUUCAUUCAUUUGUUUUUCAAAAUGAAGUAAAUUAAUUUUGAGUUUGAGUUUACUUCAAUAGUUUCUUUCAUUUUUCUAAUUCUUAAUAUAUUUAUUUCAUUUUUCUUUUGUAAGAACACCUUUUAUCUGAUAAGAUUUAAAAUUAUAUAAUCUUAUUCUAAAUUUUAACUUAACUUUAACUCUAUAAAAAUAAAAUAUUUAUUGUACUAGUAAAAUUACAUAACCACAUACAAAAACUAAUAGAAUUAUAUUUAAACAGUGCUAUUCUUUCAUAAAUUUUCUAUGAUAUGUUAAGUUUGUUUGUGUUUUUAUUUUGUUUUCGGUAAUAGUUAUGUAUCCUUAAUGUUAUUGUUUAUUUUUUAUUUUAUCACAAUUUUUAUUUUAGAUAUAUCAUUAUUGAAUUAUAAGUUUUAGAUAUCAUUAUUUAAUUAAUUUGUUAUUAUAGUUAUGUUUUAAAUUUUAAUCAUUAUAUACAUAUUAAAUAAAAGAUAAUUUUAAUUUUAUAAUUUUAUCAAAAACAUUAGAGAUUAUUAUGCAAAUAAAAAAAUUGAACAUCAAAAUGAUUUUUGAAUAGCAUUACUUCAAAUAAUAUAACACUAUUCAUAUCCUUGUUUUUCCUUAAAAUGAUGUAUUCUUGGAAAAAUAUUUCUUUAUUUUUAAGUUUUCUUUUAUUUUGAUUUAUCAUUGGAAAUGCCCUGAAACUGAUAUUGAGAUUUCUGCUAAAACCCGAAUAACCAUUCAGUUGAUGAAACAGAGAAGAGAACCCAUCACGAAGGGAGAGUAAAUAGCCAAUAUAGACUAUUCGGAACCAACCAAGAACCUGACCAAUCUCAGGCUGUUAUCCGGUGUAACCAAAAAAAAUUUCCUAGUAUACAAACUAAAAUAUUACGAGAUACAAGGUAGGCCUGGGCUUAUGUCAUCGUCUUUUGAUAACAUGAUUGAUAGCUUUAUAAAAUUUGGAUUGCUAAUAUGUCUUGCGAUACUAUACAGUUUUACUGAUAAACAUAAUUGUGUAGAACCGGCAAAUUUACAUUAACCCAUUUCGUAAUUCGAUAACAGUUUUACCAAUCACAAAUUAUUAUGUCGUUGUACUCUACAUGUUUUUUGUUUAUUUUUCAUGAUUUUGAAAAUUAUGCAAUAUUAUCAACCAGAACUAACAUACCACCUAAUGGAAAAUGAUGAACAAACACAAAAAUAUUAAAAUGACUCAGAAACGCACACUAAUUAGAUCUCUCACAGAGGCAGUACGCAUGCAUGCAUACUUACAUACACAACAAACACAAACUCUCAUCAUCUUUCUCGUUUCAUUAUGCCUGCAAUCAUGAUUUAUUGGUCUCUUAACCCGCAUGCUCCUCCUUUAUAUCCUCCCAAAUCUCUUCUAUAAAUACCAUUUCUCCUCUACUAGUCACCAGGCACUACCUUUCCCUUCUCUCUCUCCACACACUAACACACACUUCCUCUGCUCUGUUCUCGUCGCAACAUCCUCUGUUCUGAUUUAUCCCCAAUUUUCUUCUGACCUUCCAAUGGCAGUGUCUGGGUUCGAGGGAUUCGAGAAAAGACUCGAACUUCGAUUCUUCAACGACUCUAUAACCAAUAACAACCCAAUGGGCCUCCGUUUAAUCGACUUCGAAUCUCUAGACCAAGUCUUAAACGAAGUGCAGUGCACCGUGGUCUCCGCCGUAGCAAACCACAGCUUCGACGCUUACGUCCUCUCCGAGUCAAGCCUCUUCAUCUACCCAACCAAAAUCAUCAUCAAAACAUGCGGCACGACACAACUCCUCAAAUCAAUCCGACCGCUGAUCCACCUCGCGCGUAACGUCAACCUCACGCUACGCGCGUGCCGCUACUCGCGCGGGAGCUUCAUAUUCCCCAACUCGCAGCCUUUCCCUUACACGAGCUUCGAAGACGAAGUCGUCAUCGUCGAAGAAAGCCUCCCGAAGUCUCUCCGUUACCGCAAAGCCUCCGUCAUGACGCCCUCUAAUAGUAACCCUUCGCGUGCGUGGCACGUGUUCACCGCGAGCGCUGACGUGGAGCCUGACGAGUCUCUCGUUGUUGUCGAGGUCUGCAUGACGGAGCUUGACCGAGUCAACGCUCGUAGCUUCUUCAGACGGAAAGGCGACGAGGGAAAUAGUGACUCCGCCGGGAAAGAGAUGACGCGGCUGAGCGGUAUCGAUAUGAUAAACGCAAACGCGUUUAUAUGCGACUUCGCGUUUGAUCCUUGCGGUUACUCGAUGAACGGGGUCGACGGAGACCGUUACUCGACCAUCCACGUCACGCCUGAAGACGGUUUUAGCUACGCUAGCUUCGAGUGCGGGUUGUCUCUUUACGACGGAGGUCAAGGAGACAUCGCCGAGGUGUUGGCCCGCGCGAUUGAUGUUUUCCGGCCAGGUUGCGUCUCCAUCGCCACUACUUACAACGGUGAGGAUUAUGACCACGAGGUGACGAAGCGUGUGGAGCGGGUGUUGGCGAAGAAGCUCGGUUUGAAGUGUCGGAGCAGGCUUAUGGAUGAGUUCCCGGGCUCCGGGACAGUCGUGUAUCAGUCAUUCACGCCUCGUCGGAAAUAGAUUUCACCGGAGGAGGAGAAACAAACAAAAAAGGGUUUUAGGUUUUAAAUAGUUGAUGACGUGGAGGGAGAUGAUUGGUUGGAUUGGGUAAGGAAAGAUAUAAGUGGGAACAUAUGAUCAUCAUGCGCCCCACUUUGCACUUGUGGCACUGUCACGCCUAAGCAUUUUUGAGGCACUGUGUUGUAGAAUUUUAGUGGGGGAUGGUAAAAAAUGUUUGCUCUUGUCUUCUUCUUUUGUGUUUUUAUGUUUGUUUUUUAAAAUGAUCUUAUAUCUUUACAUGAGACUCUUGAUAUA